AUGCAGUUUCUACCAUUCUCAAGCAUAAACUUGCUAGGAAUUGAAAAGAGAGGAGAAGCUAUACCGGAAGCUAAAUCGUCGAUCGGAAGAGAAUCCGUACAAUGCAGAACAAACGACGUGAAAAGUGAAAACGACAAGGAGAAAUCGUCUCGUAGGAGGAUUUUAGGUCACCGGAGCUGUUUCACAGCGACGAUCGAGGGUUUUGAGAGAAGAAAACAGACCCGAAAAGGGUUUUUGAAGGAUUUUGCAAAAAUAAGAAAAAGUGUGACUUGAAAAUGCUGACGAUGGAUGCUGCUUCAUGGAAAUCUCUGGAGUUAGCUUAAUUAUGAAUUAAUCACUGUAAUUAGUAAGUUUUAAACUAACCUUGACUACUCUCUUUUUUUGACGCACGUCUUUGUUU